AUGGGUCACUGUUGUUUUCUACUCAGAGUUUUUGGUUUCCGCUUCAGACUUAAUCACUGUACAAGCUUUUGUCUUAGCAAUAUUCGCGUCUUGUUUCGUGUUCUGGAUGAUAAAGUUGAAAUGCACCGGGUUGCAAGUUCCGGGAGUAAUGGCGGUUCUGUCCGCGCUCGCAAAGAGAAGAAGCUUACCUAUGUCUUAAACGAUGCCAACGACGCAAAGCACUGUGCUGGCGUAAAUUGCUUGGAUGUGUUGGAGUCGUCUGCUUCUAGUGAUCAGAGUUUUCUCUUCACUGGAAGUCGUGAUGGUACUCUCAAGAGGUGGGCAUUCGAUGAGGAUGCGCCCUUUUGCUCUGCUACGUUCGAGUCUCAUGUUGAUUGGGUGAAUGACGCUGCUUUGGUUGGUGAUAGCACUCUUGUUUCUUGUUCUUCAGACACUACGGUCAAGACCUGGGACAGCUUAUCAGAUGGAGUUUGUACGAGGACUCUCCGUCAGCACUCUGACUAUGUUACUUGUUUGGCAGUUGCGGCAAAUAAUAGCAAUGUUGUUGCAUCUGGUGGCCUUGGCGGGGAGGUUUUUAUAUGGGAUAUUGAAGCUGCUUUAUCACCAGUUACGAAAGCUAAUGAUUCAACGGAAGAUAGUUCCUCAAAUGGUGCGAAUGGUCUUGGUAACUCACAACCCGUUGCAAGUUUAAGAAAUGUUGGUUCCAGCAAUAACAUCUCUGUGCAGUCAUCACCAUCCCGCGGGUACGCACCAACAGUUGCAAAAGGCCAUAAGGAGUCCGUCUAUGCUUUGGCGAUGAAUGAUACAGGGACGACGCUUGUCUCUGGUGGAACAGAGAAGGUUUUACGUGUCUGGGACCCUAGAACUGGUUCAAAAAGUAUGAAGCUGAGGGGGCAUACGGAUAAUGUCAGAGUGUUGCUUCUGGACUCAACUGGCAGGUUUUGCUUGUCUGGGUCCUCUGAUUCUAUGAUAAGACUUUGGGAUCUAGGUCAGCAGCGAUGUGUUCAUACCUAUGCGGUGCAUACAGAUUCUGUUUGGGCGCUUGCAUGCACUCCAUCAUUUAAUCAUGUUUAUAGCGGUGGAAGAGACCAAUCUUUAUACUUGACAGACUUGGGAACAAGAGAUAGCGUUUUGCUGUGCACUAAGGAACAUCCGAUUCAGCAAUUAGCUUUGCAAGAUGAUAGCAUAUGGGUUGCAACAACAGACUCCUCUGUAGAGAAAUGGCCCGCCGAAGUACAGAGUCCUCAAAAGGUCUUUCAACGAGGUGGCUCUUUCUUGGCUGGGAAUUUGUCUUUUAAUAGGGCGAGAGUGUCCUUGGAAGGACUAAAUCCACCCCCUGCCUACAAGGAGCCGUCAAUAACUAUUCCUGGAAGCCACCCGAUUGUGCAGCAUGAGAUUUUGAAUAAUAAAAGGCAGAUUUUAACCAAGGACGCAGGUGACUCAGUGAAACUAUGGAAUAUAACUAAGGGUGUUGUGAUAGAGGACUUCGGGAAGAUAUCAUUUGAAGAGAAGAAAGAAGAACUAUUCGAAAUGGUAAGCAUUCCAUCAUGGUUUACUGUGGACACACGACUUGGAUGCUUAUCCGUACAUCUUGAGACUCCACAAUGCUUCUCUGCUGAGAUGUAUUCAGCAGACCUCAAAGUUUCCGGGCGACCUGAAGAUGAUAAGAUUAAUCUAGCCCGUGAAACACUGAAAGGCCUGAUGGGUCAUUGGCUGGCAAAGAAGAAGCACAAACCAAAACCCCAACCUUCUACCUCUGGAGAUAUUCUAUCCGUAAAAGAUACCAAAAAGAAUCUGACUGCAUCCAAAAGUGAAGACAGCAGUGCUGCGAAUGAUCCGGUGUAUCCUCCAUUUGAGUUUCCUUCUGUCUGCCCUCCGUCCAUCAUUACUGAGGGUUCUCAAGGAGGUCCUUGGAGGAAGAAGAUAACUGAGUUUACCGGAACUGAAGAUGACAAGGACUUCCCAUUGUGGUGCCUGGAUGCCGUUUUGAACAAUCGCCUUCCACCUAGAGAAAACACAAAAUUAAGCUUCUUCCUGCAUCCAUGUGAAGGCUCAAAUGUGCAGGUGGUCACUCUAGGGAAACUUAGUGCACCCCGGAUCUUAAGAGUUCACAAGGUUACCAAUUACGUUGUGGAAAAGAUGGUCCUUGACAGUCCGUUGGAUAGUUUAGCUAUUGAUGGAGCAAGUGUUUCAGGAGGAACACAGCCUCUGUUUGCAGGAAAUGGACUGUUACCGUCUGGAUCAAAGCCUUGGCAGAAACUCAGACCUUCCAUUGAGAUCUUAUGCAACAACCAGGUCUUAGCUCCAGAGAUGAGUUUGGCGACUGUGCGGACAUACAUAUGGAAGAAACCUGAGGAUCUAAUCCUCAACUACAGAGUGGCUAUAGCUAGAUAACUUUUUGAGGUAAAUUACUCAAAGAAGGUGCAAAACUCAUGAUAAUGCAUUAUGUCGAGAUAAAGUUUGUGGAACAGCACUCUCAGGCUCCAUCUACGUGAUGGUUUUGUUAACUUGAGAGAUGAUUUCAUUUUUAGGUAUUUUCAUAGAGAAUUGACCUUUAAAAAAGCCUUGGUAGAUUUUUC